UUUCCCUUUUCUCUCUUUUUUCGUUCCACGCGAAUCAUUGUCGUGCAACGAUUAGCAGCCGGGUAUUAUUUUAGUGAGAAAACUACCGCUAAAAACAUCUCAUACCCUUUAACAAUAGAUGCUUAGAGGUCAUAACAAUACAACGACUACCUUGCCAGCUGUCUCAAUAUGCCGCCCAAGAAGCAAGAAGAACCGGAACGUAAACCAUUGAUUGGUCGUAUUGGUACUAAUCUUCGCAUUGGUAUUGUUGGUGUUCCCAAUGUGGGCAAAUCCACAUUCUUCAAUGUGUUAACCAAGAGUGCUGCACCAGCUGAAAACUUUCCUUUCUGUACCAUCGAUCCCAAUGAGAAUAAGGUACCAGUACCUGACGAGCGAUACGAUUUCCUAUGCGAAUACCACAAGCCUGCGAGUAAAGUGCCAGCCUACUUGAAUGUUGUUGAUAUUGCCGGUCUAGUCAAGGGUGCUGCCGAGGGUCAAGGUUUGGGUAAUGCUUUCCUCUCACACAUCAAUGCUUGCGAUGCCAUUUUCCAUUUGUGUCGCGCCUUUGAGGAUCCCGAUGUUACACACGUUGAGGGUGAGGUGGAUCCAGUGCGUGAUUUAGACAUUAUUUCCGAAGAAUUGCGUCUAAAGGACGAAGAAAAACUUAUGCAGUAUUUGGAAAAGCUGGAAAAGGUAGUCGCUCGUGGUGGUGAUAAGAAAUUAAAGCCCGAAUAUGACUCGCUGCUUAAGAUCAAGGGUAUAUUGGUGGAUGAGAAGAAACAUUUGAGGUUUGCCGAUUGGAAUGCACAUGACAUUGAAAUCUUAAACAAAUACUUGUUUUUGACCUCCAAGCCCUGUAUUUACUUAAUCAAUUUAUCAGACAAGGAUUUCAUUCGCAAGAAGAACAAGUGGUUGCCCAAAAUCAAGGAAUGGGUUGACAAAAAUGAUCCCGGUGCUGUUAUGAUUCCCUUUUCGGGUGCUUUCGAACAUGCUUUAGCCGAAAAAGACGAUGCGGAACGCGCUGAAUUUGAAAAGGAGACCAAGUGCAAAAGUCAGCUGGAUAAGAUCAUUGUGACCGGUUAUAAGGCAUUGCAGUUGGAAUACUUCUUUACUGCAGGCGCUGAUGAAGUUAAGGCCUGGACCAUACAGAAGGGCACUAAGGCCCCUCAAGCUGCCGGUCGUAUUCACACAGAUUUCGAGAAAGGCUUCAUCAUGGCUGAAGUUAUGCACUUUAAAGAUUUCAAAGAGGAAGGUACAGAGGCCGCCUGCAAGGCUGCCGGCAAAUAUCGUCAACAGGGUCGCAACUACACAGUGGAGGAUGGUGACAUCAUCUUCUUUAAAUUCAACGCUGGCGCUGGUCUUAAGGAUGCCAAGAAGAAAUGAUACCGUAUGGCCAUGGUUAUAUUUACAAUGUUUUAUAUUAAUAUGAUUUUUUACUCGCAAAGCUUCUUUACUCAACAAUAAUUGUUUGUCGUAACUUUCAAAUCAACAAAAGCCGCCACACAAAUACAAUGUUAAUGCAUUUCUUUCA